CAAACAUGGGCUCGCGAAAACCUCUGCUAUAUACACCCAAGCCCUCGUGGCCUCACAAGCCUCGAAACCCUAGCUUCUCUUUGGCCGCCGCCGACCUGCCCCAACGCCGGUGAUUAGGAGGAGGAAGAGGGAUCCGGGAUGGCCAAGUCGAAGAACCACACGGCGCACAACCAGUCGUACAAGGCGCACAAGAACGGCAUCAAGAAGCCCAAACGCCAUCUCCAGACCUCCACCAAGGGGAUGGACCCGAAGUUCCUGAGGAACCUGAGGUACUCGAGGAAGCACAACAAGAAGAGUGGCGAGGCUGAGGCCGAGGAGUAAGAUGGAGGAGCUUCUGGUGAUGAAUGAAUUUCUUGUAUCGCUGGGGUCUACAGUUUUGGAUUAUGUAUGAUCAAAGCAGAUCUCUGUUGGUGCUGAAGUUUAAUGUUGCCUGCCUAGUUGGCCUUACGAAACCAGUUACAAACUGCUGAAUUGGAACUAGAAUUUGCAGCUUCAUGAGAAUUGAUUAAUCCCAAAUAUGAUUAUGCCGUGUUGCCUGUGAUA